UAAAAUGAAACAUUAAAAAUACGAAGAAACACUUGCCGUGUCAUUUUCAUAAUUUCUGAAACAAAAGGAUAACCAACAAGAAAUCCGUUAAAUGAAGAAGUAAAAAAAAAAACUACCAAAACAAAAGCUUACCAUCUGGAGUCAACCAAUCAACACACUCAGAAAAGGGGAGGGUCAUGACCCAGUUGCCAUGCGUGUCGCCACGGUGACCGGCCUCCCCAGCCCCUCCCCCCUCCUUGUCUUAUUGGUCCAGCUGCUGUUGAGGCUCCUCCCACCUGGGCCAGAGUUGACAGAGGCAGCCUCAACUUGCCCUGCCCUCUGCAGCUGUUCCAAUCAAGCAAGCAGAGUCAUCUGUACAAGGAGGAGCUUAGAGGAGGUGCCUGAGAGUAUAUCUGUCAACACACGAUACCUCAACCUACAGGAGAAUUCGAUACAGGUGAUUAAGUCUGAUACUUUCAAGCACCUGCGGCAUUUGGAGAUCCUGCAGCUCUCCAAAAAUCACAUACGUCAGAUCGAAGUGGGGGCGUUCAAUGGCCUCCCCAAUCUCAACACUCUCGAGCUCUUUGAUAACCGGCUCACGCUGGUCCCCUCCCAGGCCUUCGAAUAUCUCAGCAAGCUGCGGGAGCUUUGGCUGCGCAACAACCCCAUUGAGACUCUGCCUGCCUACGCCUUCCACCGUGUGCCCUCGCUCAGACGGCUGGACCUCGGGGAGCUCAAGAAGCUCGACUACAUUUCUGAGGCUGCCUUUGAGGGCCUCAUCAACCUGCGCUACCUGAACCUGGGCAUGUGUGGACUCAAGGACAUCCCCAACCUCACGGCCCUGGUGCGGCUGGAGGAGCUGGAGCUCUCCGGGAACCGGCUGGAGAUUAUCCGGCCAGGCUCCUUCCAGGGCCUGGUGUCCCUCCGCAAGCUCUGGCUCAUGCACUCCCAGGUGUCGGUCAUCGAGCGGAACGCCUUUGAUGAUCUCAAGAACCUGGAGGAGCUGAACCUGUCCCACAACUCCCUGCACUCUCUACCCCAUGACCUCUUCACCCCGCUGCACCAGCUGGAGAGAGUACACCUCAACCACAACCCCUGGGUGUGCAACUGUGACGUGCUGUGGCUGAGCUGGUGGCUGAAGGAGACGGUGCCUAGCAACACUACCUGCUGCGCCCGCUGCCAUGCCCCUCCCGUGCUGAAAGGCAGAUACAUUGGCGAGCUGGACCAGAGCCAUUUCACCUGCUACGCGCCUGUGAUUGUGGAGCCCCCUACUGACCUUAAUGUCACAGAAGGCAUGGCGGCUGAGCUGAAGUGCAGAACGGGCACCUCGAUGACCUCUGUCAACUGGCUCACCCCAAAUGGCACCCUCAUGACCCAUGGGUCGUACAGGGUUAGGAUCUCAGUCUUGCACGAUGGCACCCUGAAUUUCACCAAUGUCACAGUACAGGAUACAGGCCAGUAUACCUGCAUGGUGACCAACUCAGCUGGCAACACCACUGCAACAGCUGUGCUCAAUGUUUCAGCCUCUGAUGCCAGCAACAGCUACAGCUACUUCACCACUGUCACCGUGGAAACUGUUGAGACAGGUCAAGAGGAGAGCUCUGCCCGGCAGUUCAUUAAUGAGACUUUCAUAGGUUCUGUAGGUCCUACGCUUCCAGCAGAAGCUUGGAGCACAACUUUGGCGACCACAUCUUCUGCUUCUUCGUCCUCUUCGUCCUCCUCCCCUAGAGCGACAAAGUCCUCAGAAAGGGCUUUCACCAUUCCGAUAACAGAUGUCACCAACAUGCCUGGUCUGGAUGAUGUGAUGAAGACGACCAAAAUCAUCAUCGGCUGUUUUGUUGCCAUCACAUUCAUGGCAGCAGUGAUGCUGGUGGUGUUCUACAAGCUGAGAAAGCAGCACCAGCUGCACAAACAUCAUGGGCCGGCACGCGCCAUUGAGAUCAUCAAUGUUGAGGAUGAGAUCGGAGCCGGAGGGGCGAGUGGAGUGGGUGGUGGAAGUGGGAUUUCAGGGGGAUCCACUAUGCAUUCUGGAGUUGGAGGAGGCAGUAGUGGGGGGCAGAGUUUAAGAUUGCACCAUCCAGAAAUUGUCAACCUUCCCAAUUUAGCAAGGUCAGAGCAUCUCAACCAUUAUUACAAGGCGCAUCAUUUCAACAACAAUGUGAUGGGCAUGAGUAUUGGCUCAGGGGCUGGGGUAGGGGGGGUUGUUGGAUCCGGGGGGGUCCUCAACAACAAUAACAAUCCCUCCCCCCUUUCCCAGCCCCCUCAGGCUACACCCAUUUCCUGUACCCAAGUCCCCAUCUCCUCAUCCAAUUUACAGAGCACGUCUGGAAACAGCACCAACAUGAACCCCAAUGCUGUGUCCUCCCCGCUCCCCAUUCCCCUCCCUCUACCACCGAUGGGUUUACAUGGAUCUCUAAAGGGUUUAAUGAGUCAGAGCCAGAACCCUCAAGUUGAACCACUUCUGUUUAAAAGUGGUUCUAAGGAAAAUGUUCAAGAGACUCAAAUCUGAGUAGGGGAGGGAGAGAGAGAGAGAGAGAGAGAGAGAGAGAGAGAGAGAGGGAGAGAGAGAGAGAGAGAGAGAGAGAGAGAGAGAGAGAGAGAAAUGGGAUUGAUGGCCACGCUUGUUGAACUCCCUCAGCAGACUUUGAUGAAUGUGAAGUUGUGUCCAUACAGCAGUACUAUAUUUUCAGUGCUAUGUAGGACUGCUGUGAAGGGUCAGGCAUUGACAUCACUGCAAUGAGACAGAGAGUAACAGGAAGAGGAGAACAAACAGAGGAGAGUUUACAUAGUAUCCACACUAACUGGACAAUACUGUACACAGACAAUGUACUGAGCCAUUGACCAGCCCUGGCACAUUUAGAAGAGAAAGUGUGUCUGUAUUAAUUAAUGGUUAUGGCAAUGAAGUACCUAACAGAUACUAGUACAACAUAAAUCUGUGCCAAAGCACAUUUCCCUGUAUUCAUGUGUAACAAUAUUUAAAGUAUAUAUAUAAAAAGAUUUAAUAUCCAAAAGUUUGUUUGCCACAGCUGAGACAUGUACAGUUCAGCACAGUGCAGUUCAGAGACAUGGCCCAAUACAGUAGAAUUUAAGACUCAGUAUAGUCUGGAUGCAGCCAAAAUACAGAUACAAGGAAACACUGCACAAUGCAGUGAGACAGCAGGUUCUUCUCGUUUUACAGAUUUUUGAAGAAAAACAUGUGCAGAGCACUCAUUCUCUCUCCCUCGAGUACACUCAAUGGAUGGUUACUUUUGCAAUGGAAACGAAGAAGAGAUGGAGAAGCAAGAAAGAGAAAAAAGACAAUUAAAGAUACAAUAACUGUGAAAAUACCUACAAUAUAUAAAUAUAUUUUCAUUUGAAGAAAUAAAUUAUGAAGCAUCUUUAACAAUACAGACUCAAAGGCACAAACUUUGAAGGAUCAAUGAGCUGCUAUUGUUCCAGCUAUUAUAAUUAUGAUCGACAAAACAAACCUUGUCACAGCUUUUUUUUUUUUGCUCUUGGUUUUGUGACAGCAGAGGGCGAGAGGAGGGGGUGGGGUAGAAGCAAAAGGUUAAGAUAACAUAGUGAAUAUCCAAGUUAAUAGUGGCUUUAAUUUAGGCCCUGCAGAAAUAAUUAGUACCCUGUUAUUCUCAAAUACAAAUCAACAUUAUUUUUUUUUAGAGUUGUUGCAAUGAGUUGAAGGAGUGGGUGGCGUUUUCUGUAUGUGUUGGUCUGAUUGUUACUGUAACAGCUCAGUGAGUUUACAAUAAGUUUCCCCCACUUACAUACAGGUUGGAUGUUAAUAAUAAUAAUAAUAAUAAUAAUAAUAAUAAUAAUAAUAAUAAUAAUAAUACAGAACAUUAUUGUCAUAACUGAUCUGUGUUUUAUGAAGCCCAAAGACAGUCAUGUGUUUUUAGUCUACCCAUCAAUAUUGCAGUGAAGCUGCAGUAAAGUGCCAAGGUUGUAACUGAAUCUAUAUGGCUUUGCAGUAUACCCCUAAAUUGGAAUAACACAGCAAGUAAUUUCAGGCAGAUGGCUAAAUGCUCCUUUUAAUCUACACAAAUGAUUUUAUUCACUAAUAACUUUUCAUUUGGAUUAAAAAAUAUUAUUGGCUAUGUUUCAAGGCUUGCAUCUUUAAAUAUUUGCUAACAAAAGAAAAGUUCUCUACACCUACCUCAACAUUUUUUGACUGACAUUUCCUGUGAUACCAAACAUAAGCAAAAUGGCCCACUUAGUAUGGAACUGGUACACUAGUGCCAAAGGAUAAAGGAUUGCCCGGUUUUAUCCUUGGCUUCUUAAUGCGACUGUAUUUGAUACCGUAAAAGCUAAUACAAUAGUAAUAUGGUUACAGCUAUUAACAUAAAAUGUUUUAAUAAAUACAUAAAUACACGUAUCAUUAUUAUGUAUUAUUAUGUAUU